AUGGCUAAAGGUGCCGGCUCCAGAGUUCACAGCAUUGAUGUCAUUUUAGGAUUCGCUAAGGACCAGGACCCUUUGCUCAAUGUUGUAGGGGAAGAUGGCAGUCAAAAAGCCAGUGUUGAAAACCGACAGGAAGAGCAUAACAACCUGGACAAGCAGCACGCACAAUAUGGAAGCCUCACGGAACUGGGCUCCAACCCUCAGCACCCGUCCUACCAUGACACCGGCAUCUUCCAUCGGGACAAAUGCAACGCAGAAAUGACCAGUCUACAUACUGAGGGGGACACAGAGGAAGACUCUCCGGACCCGUGCAAAGAGGAACAUCCUUCAAAGAAGAAGCACAGAAGAAACCGCACCACGUUCACCACAUAUCAACUGCACGAACUGGAGCGAGCCUUCGAGAAGUCGCACUACCCCGACGUCUACAGCCGCGAGGAGCUGGCCAUGAAGGUCAACCUGCCAGAAGUCCGGGUUCAGGUUUGGUUCCAAAAUCGAAGAGCCAAAUGGAGGCGCCAAGAGAAGAUGGACACCAGCUCGAUGAAGCUUCAUGACUCCUCCAUGCAUUCAUUCAACCGGCCGCCGAUGCCUCCCACAGUGGCCCAAGUGACCAGCCCUCUGCCUCUGGACCCCUGGCUCACCUCUCCCAUCUCCAGUGCCACACCCAUGCACAGCAUCCCAGGCUUCAUGGGCUCUCAUCAGAGCCUGCAGCCAGCGUACCCCAGCCACAACUUUCUGAACACUGCUCCUGCCAUGGUCCAAAGCAUGCAGGCCCUGGGCCCACCUCCAUACCAGUGCCCCCCAAACUUCAAUGACAAAUACCCAAUGGAAGACGACAGAAGCACCAGCAUCGCAGCACUGCGAAUGAAGGCCAAAGAACAUAUCCAGUCCAUGGACAAGACCUGGCAACAUAUGUGA